CACGGCCAUUUGUAUCGGCGUGACUGAUAUUUGGAUCGAUCCUUCCACCGCCUCUUCUAGUCAGUCUGCCGCAAGGUUGCCCACCUACCACCGGGGGAAAUAGAGGAAAAAACGCGUUAAAAGAAUGUUAAAAUGCUUUCUCAGACGUUUCAACGGCCAUCGAGUGAAUGGAGAAGAUGAUCAUUUCCCGUUGUCUUGAGGAGGCCGUGCUGCUGCCGCUGCUGCGUGGGGGAGUGAGUGGGUCGCUAUAUCCUGUGGCGUUUCCUGUGUUUGUAAACUAGACGCUCUCGGGGAAAAAAAAGGUCGGGCGGUCGAAGCUACAAAGUUUUAAUGCUAGAUGAGUGAGGUGGGUGUGGCUUCUCACCAGCCUGACCAUCCUGACUGACUGACGGAUCUCUGGAUGACCUUGCCCCCACCCCUGUCCCUGCGCUCACACACACCGUUACCACAGCAAUGUCACAUCUGCCCAGCAGCUCAGUCCGUGACCAUAUGAAAUGGGCGGGUCUGCUUGGCUGUGAAGCUGUGCUGUCCAGCAUGGCUCUGAUGCAGGCUAGCACCAUGGCAGCUCCACCCAAGAAGAUGAUGGCUCCACUUGGCCAUGCACCGCCACAGAGAGACGGACCUGACCGUGCUCCCCAGAGUCACAUGAUCCUCCCAUCUGGCAUGAGCUGUCCACCACUGGUUAGGACUGACCGGGAUUGGCACUCUAUGAAUGCUACCUUUCUGAUCCGGAAGGAAGGCGAUUUCCAAGCUCCGCGCCUGCUGGACGAGAAAGACAUGAGGACCAACGAGGACAUGCAGCAGAAAAAAAAGAACAGGAAAUCAGUGGCGCCCUGUAAAGUGAGAGAACAAGAGGGAAGGGGAGGGAAGGGCACAGGUGGAGAUGAGAACGGUCCAUCUUCCAAAGUGCAGAAAAACUUUAUUUGUGACCACUGUUACGGAGCAUUUAGGAGCGGCUACCACCUGAAGAGACAUAUCCUCAUUCAUACAGGGGAGAAGCCGUAUGCUUGUGCCGUAUGUGACAUGAGGUUUAUUCAGCGUUACCACCUGGAGAGACACAGCCUCAUUCACACGGGGGUGAAGCCGUACGCUUGCUCCAUGUGUGACAUGAGGUUCUUCCAACGCUACCAUCUGGCAAGACACAGCCUCACUCAUACUGGGGUGAAGCCAUACGCUUGCUCCAUGUGUGACAUGAGAUUUUUCCAACGCUACCACUUGGCGAGACACAGCCUCACUCACACGGGGGUGAAGCCAUAUGCUUGCUCCAUGUGUGACAUGAGAUUUUUCCAGAGAUACCACCUGGCGAGACACACACUCACACAUACGGGGGUGAAGCCGUACGCUUGCUCCAUGUGUGACAUGAGGUUCUUCCAACGUUACCAUUUGGCAAGACACAGCCUCACUCAUACUGGGGUCAAGCCAUACGCUUGCACAAUGUGUGACAUGAGGUUUAUACAACGUUACCAACUGGAAAGACACAGUCUCACUCACACAGGGGUGAAGCCGUACGCUUGCACCAUGUGUGACAAGAGGUUUUUUCAGCGCUACCACCUGGCGAGACACAGCCUCACUCAUAUGGGUGUGAAACCUUAUGCUUGCACCAUGUGUGACAUGAAGUUUUUUCAGCGUUACCACCUGGCGAGACACAGCCUCACUCAUACUGGUGUGAAACCUUAUGCUUGCACCAUAUGCGACAAGAGGUUUUUUCAGCGCUACCACCUGGCGAGACACAGCCUCACUCAUAUGGGUGUGAAACCUUUCGCUUGCACCAUGUGUGACAUGAGGUUUUUUCAGCGCUACCACCUGGCCAGACACAGCCUCACUCAUACUGGUGUGAAACCUUAUGCUUGCACCAUGUGCGACAAGAGGUUUUUUCAGCGUUAUCACCUGGCAAGACACAGCCUCACUCAUAUGGGUGUGAAACCUUUUGCUUGCACCAUGUGUGACAUGAGGUUUGUUCAGCGCUACCACCUGGCCAGACACAGCCUCACUCAUACGGGGGUGAAGCCGUAUGCUUGUUCCAUGUGUGACAUGAGGUUUAUUCAGCGUAACCACCUGGAGAGACACAGCCUCACUCAUACUGGAGAGAAGCCAUUUGCGUGCGACAUGUGUGAUAUGAGGUUUAUCCAGCGCUACCACCUGGAGAGACACAAGCGUGUGCACAGCGGGGAAAAGCCUUACCAGUGUGAGCGGUGCCAGCAGAACUUUUCAAGGACAGACCGACUGUUGCGACACAGACGCCUGUGCCAGGGCCGCGGCGUAGCGAAAGUGGAGAACCAGCCAUGUUGCGAGCCGCGCCCAUAUGCCCAAGAAGCUCCACCCGCUCCCCCGACCUGGAGCCCAAUGCACCCCCCACCGGGUCGUCUGGCCGUCUGACAUUCCCCCGUGAGCCAUGUCCACAUGGCCGCACGAGACAGGAUCGGCUGCCGGGUGUCGCGCUAGCUCUGUGCUGAGUGGCGGCGCUCUCUAGCGCAGACUGACAAUGCUGCUCCAGUCUUGGAUUACUAAUAACAGCGGAACAUUUGUUUUUUUUAUGUUUUCUGACUUUAACUGUUUCUUUUUUCCCCUCCAUGUUUUUUUAAUGACAAGACUUUUCUGUGAUGAAGAGUGUUCCUGUUUUGUACUUAACUCUGUUUUGCGUGGGAGGGGGGGGGGGGGACAUGUUUUCAUCGUUCUAGUAAAUCUACACUUGUUGGUACUCUAUCUACAAACAGUGAAAAGGGAAAAUCAAUUCCCUUGCUUGCCAUGGCAGCUGUUUUGCCAAUAGGAGUCACCAUGGCAACAGUAGCUUGACCAUGACUCCUAUUGAUAAAGUCAUCUGCUUUGCUUCUGAACG